GUGAACACAAUUUAUCUGGUCCUAAACUAGAACUGCUAGUAGAGAGAGUCUCAUCUUCAAAGCUAUGUCAAAGUUUGCACUCUGUUUGGGUAUGGAUUCUUUUUCCUGUUGUCAUAAAAUAGACCUACUCCAGCUAUCAUAAAUAAAAACUGGCCAAAGCCAGAAGCUUCAUAACAAAUACCAAUAUAACCAGUUCCUAUCAUUUAUUUUCCUUCUGAAUCUCGUUUGGUUUCCUUACCACAAACCGUGAAAAGACUAUGGCAAGGUGCAGUGCUGUUUCAUGGGGACAGCUACUCUAUGUAUUUCUUGUCCUAUGCAAAGAGACCCUAUCCUUGGCUCAUGUUCCUAUGCUGCUGUGGUCAACAGAUAGAUCUCUCCAUGGCUUGGCAAAGACUUUACACGAAGGACAUAUUAUGUCGAGGGACAAGUUAUAUUUAUUACUGAAAGAUACAGUUCUGGGUCCAGAGCCCACAAAUAUUGUCUUGUUUCUUCAAGAUACACUUAGCAUGGAAUACUUCACACGAUACAACAACUUCGGAAAUGAGUCACCAUUUCACAAUGUUCAGGAGCUUCUUGAGACUUCAUCAUCUUCAUUGGUUUUGCCAGCAGUUGACUGUCAUGCUGUCAGUCAUUUUUCAGGCCACCUCCAGAAGACUCUGAACUGGAACUUGGUAAAUGUAGACAGCCCUGACAUAUCAAAGCUAAGAGUGAAUAUCUCCAGACCCAAUUUAUUUGAGAUAAACCUACCACCAAUCAGAAGAAAAGAUGAACUUCCCACUCAAAACAAGCUCAUGGAAAAUGAUGAAAUAAUUGGAAGGUUUCUCAGAUCUUUGCAGCAACAAGGAAUUCCAUUUUUAGCCAUUUAUACAGCAAAGCAACCAUCACAGGUACCUGUGAGAUAUGAUAUAAUGUGGCAUAGGAAGCGACAGUUAAUGUCUGUUGAAAGUGAAGUAAUUGACUUAUAUCCUCCCCUGAAUGUAACCAAUGGGACCAACACAACAUGCAUCCUUUUCUAUGCAACUAAUUUCACACUUACCGUCAACACCACCAUUCACAUGAAUCUAACAAAUUCGACAUUUCUGUCUGAUGGUGUGGACACGAAUUCAUCUGUUUGUUCAGACACCAAUGCAACGUUGUCAUUAAAAUACACCAACCUGGAGAAUGAGAAGAUUGACAUCAAGACCCUGGAAAUAAGAUUCUUGAUGACCAACAUGUUCUACACUGGCUCUUCAAAGAAUUGGUUCACUUUAGAUUUUAUUCAUAUUCUGCAAGAUAACAGGGAUGCUGAAGAUGAACCUGCUAUAUUUAAUGUCUCAACUAUCUAUGGCCCUGCGGAGUACUCAUUUCAUUGCCCUUUGGUGGGCACAGAGAAACACUAUGAUGUAAUACUAAUUCCAGCUAACGAGAAAGCUAAAAACUGGAAAAUUGAUAUUUCUGAUUUCCAAAUCCAAGCUUUCAAUAUUGAAAACAAUGUGUUUUCCUACGCAAGCGACUGCACAUCAUUUUUUACACCUGGAAUUUGGAUGGGUCUGGUCACCUCCCUAAUUUUAUUAUUGAUCCUUACCUAUGGAAUCCACAUGAUUAUGAAUCUUACCACCAACAGUAGAUUUGAUGACCCCAAAGGUCCAGCUCUUUCAGUCCCUCAAACAGAGUAACUACAAAAUUGUAGUUUGGAAGAGUGUAGUUUCUCUGCCAUUGGCUGGGCUAUCUAAAGCUGUUGAGUUAGCUGAGUUUAAUAAGUCCAGGGCUUCUGAGGGUAUCAGUUAAUUUAUACUUGCUAUGGGAGGAAUCAUAUGCAAAGAAUUAAAAAUAUGAGUUGCUUUGAAAAAUGUGGGUUUUUUUAUAUAGGACACAAUACAGUAAUACUUCUGCCACCCUUCAUUCUCCUCUUAAUAAUUAUCAAAAUUAAAAUUUUGAGGCAAAUCUGAGAUUA